AUGGAUGCGGCGCCCGACUCGCCACCUGUCGAUCCAGAUGCGCCGCGGUUCCGAGCGAAAUCGGGUUUCAACCGACAGAUCCGACCGUGCGCCAUCUUAGCACUACGCGUGCCCGAAUAUACGGGCGAGGAUGUGAUCCGAGCCCUGGCAAGAGCCGGCACAAAGCCAAUGGUGAUGGAGGACGAUACUAAUUUCGACCUCCUUUUGGACGAGUGCGAGAGGAGGAUGAGGAGGAAGUCCAAACCCGAAACGGACGACAUCUCGAACCGCGUCACCUUCCCAGGCACGAAAUGGUGCGGCCCGGGCAACACGGCCUCCGAAAUUCACGACCUGGGCUCGUACGCACGCACGGACGCGUGCUGCCGCACGCACGACCUCUGCCCCCUGUCCCUCGCGGCCGGGGAGCACAGCCCCGUCAUGAACCUCACGAACGACUCGCCCUUCACGCUGUCACACUGCCUGUGCGACGUGCACUUCAAGGCGUGCCUCGACGGCGUGGGGUCCAUGUCCAGCGAGACGGUGGGCAGGCUGUUCUUCAACAUCGGGGAGAUGUCGUGCUUCCGGCUCGAUCAUCCCGUCGUUAGGUGCCUCAAGCCAAGCGGGUCGAAAGGGAAAAAUUGCGAGCAAUACCUGCUGGACGUGACGCAGCCUCCUCGAUGGCAGAUUUUUGCAAAUCCCAGUUUCUGAUUCCGGUUUGGCGUGCACACCCGGUGACUGCACUUUUCUCUCUUGCGCUUGUCUCAUUUUUGCCCCCGAAGAACGCAGGGCGGAGUGGAUCUCCCUCAUCGUCUUCCACUGGGCGGGAAAUAAAUGUAUACGUACAUUGAAUGACCCUGGA